CCUAUGCAAGAAUCACAGGCCCCAACAAGAGAAAAAACCAAUAUUCUUCAAGAAAAACAACCAUAAAAGAAAAAACUGUCAAAGCGGGCUGUUAUUUCUCUUUGUUUGGUUCACCUGAAAUAUUAUAAAGUCAUAAUAUUUGAAAACGAACAACGUUGUUGUUAAGUUCACAAAGCCGGCUGAAUUCUUUACUUAUCAUUCUACUGUUGUAGAGCGAUCAGAAGCAGGUGAGUGAUUAUGGUGAAGAAGACGGUGUUGAAGGUUGAUAUCAAUUGUCUGAAAUGCAAAAGGAAGCUGAUCAAGACUGUUUCUUCCCUUGAAGGGGUGGAUAAAAUUGAAGCUGAUGAAGGGAAGGGUACGUUGACCGUGACAGGGGAUGCAGACCCAUAUGAAAUAAUAGUUCGCAUAAGGAAAGCUGGCAAACAUGCUGAAGUUGUGAGUAUUGGGCCUCCUCCGGCCCCUCCUCCCAAACAAGAUGCUCAGAAGAAACCCCAAGAAAAUAAAAAGCCCGAAGAAAAGAAGAAGCCCGACCCAGUGAAGCAAGACCAAAAAUCUCCUGAUCAGCCCUAUAUGCAGAUGCCAUAUUACUAUCCACCACCACAACACCAACCACUAGCGGUGGUAUACAUGAACAGAUACGAGGACCCCAAUCCAUCUUGCACUAUAUUGUGAUUUGUCACCACUCACGACUGCGCAAUGCUCAUUCUCCUGGAAAUGACAAUAAAGUGAAACACAAAAUGGAAUGGGACAGAUUUCAAAUUUCAGCCAAAUAUCAGAAAAAGGAGCUAGAGAAACGUAUAAAAGGCCCAGCCUGUGGGGAAAUUUAGAGAAUUGUGUUGGCUAAUUUUGAGGAAGAAUUAUUUUUGUUUUAGGAUUUGUUGAGACUGUAUCUGUUAAUGGUUAAAAAAGUACUUGUUUGCCAAUUAUGUGUUAACACUUGGAACAGGUACACAGUUUUAACUCUUACUCUUGGGUACUAAUUAUUGUUUUUCCACAUUUAUUUGAGCAUGCUAUAUUUCAUGUGCGUAUAUGGUAAAUUUGAUUAUUUUCCUGCAUAUAAUACA